CAGCCAGACAUUGUAUAUUGCCGCUCCGUACACACCGCUCACAGAAGUCUCAGGCGACAGACGUACGCACGUGAUUUCGAAAUAAUUACGAACGAAGUUUUAUACUAUCUUCACAAUGGCAUCUAAGAUGGAGAACGGUGCUGAGGCUGCCGAGAAAAAACCUCAGAAGGAAAAAACCCUAAAUGGGGCUGAAGGCGAAGCUGCAAAUCCCAAAGAGAGUGAGAAAAAAAAGAAGGAAAAGAAGAAGGAGAAGAAAGCGGCACCCAGCACCCAGGCCCAAGAAGCCCAAGAGGGUGAGGAAAUAAUCAGUAGUUUACUCAACCGUAUGGGUGCCAUCACCCAGGAUCCGGCGCUACGACCAAUGAUACUAGGUUAUGACGACCGGAUGUUCAAUGUUACUGGAGCUACCGUUGUACACUCCCAAAAUGACGAUGAAAUAGAUUACAUAGUCAUGCCAAUCUAAUGACUUGUAUGACAAUUUUGUCUACUAUUUUUGCGAUAAAACUUUUUCAUUUGCUACUAUUUUUAUCUACUACCAUUUUGUCUACUAUUUUUGCUUAAACGAUAAAACUUUUUCGUUUACUUUUAUAAAAAUAAACGAUUGCGUAGUGUGAAA